CUAGUCUUGACCCUUAAAAUGCAAUCAUCCUAUCAAAAAACCUCCCCCACACCACAACAUCAUAUCUAACCAAAUCCAACUAACCUUGAUCAACAUCUCUUCUCUCUUUCUCUAAUAAUCUCUUGUUCCUCAAAAAAAUGGCAACAUCUUCUUCUUCUUCUUCUUCUUCUUCUUCAUUGCAAGCAUCAUUGUUGUCUAAACCACCAAAAACAACAUCCCUUAUUCCUAACAACCUUACUCUUUCCCACUUUUCACCCUUCUCUUCUUUCUCAAGAAGUCUCCCCAAACUACACACAUCAUCACUCAAGAACAAAUCACUAAGAAAACUAGACUUUUCGGCAAUAAAGGCUAGCACAGGCGCCUCCCCGAACGAGACCUCGAACGAAACAACAGUGAACAAAAAGCAUCAAAGAGUCCAACGAGUCCACAACAUAGAAGAGUUCGAUAAAGCUCUUAAAGCCGCUAAGGACAAACUAGUGGUGGUUGAGUUUGCUACGAGUGAUAGCGAUCAAAGCAUUCAGAUAUACCCCUUCAUGGUAGAGCUAAGCCGUACUUGUAACGACGUGGAGUUCCUCCUAGUGUUAGGAGACGAAUCAGAGGCAACAAAGGCACUUUGCAAGAGAGAAAACAUAGAACAAGUUCCACACUUUACAUUCUAUAAGUCUAUGAACAAGAUUCACGAGGAAGAAGCUAUAGGACCAGAUCAGCUUGUUGGGGAUGUGCUUUAUUACGGGGAUAGUCAUUCAGCUGUUGUACAACUUCAUUCUAGGGAAGAUGUGGAGAGCUUAAUUAACGAACACCGUGGUGAUGGGAAACUGAUUGUUCUUGAUGUUGGGCUUAAGCAUUGUGGACCUUGUGUUAAGGUAUAUCCAACUGUUAUUAAGUUGUCUAAGCAGAUGGAAACUGUUGUAUUUGCUAGGAUGAAUGGAGAUGAAAAUGAGAGUUGUAUGGAGUUUUUGAGGGUUAUGGAAGUUGUUGAGGUUCCUACUUUUGUGUUUAUUAGGGAUGGUAACAUUUGUGGUAGGUAUGUUGGAUCUGGUAAAGGUGAGCUUAUUGGUGAGAUUCUAAGGUAUCAAGGUGUAAGGGUUACUUACUAAGUUACUAUCACUUACAUUGUGAACAAACAUUAUUAAACAUCAGUCACUGAAUUGAAACUCGUGUGAUUAUGAAAUCUAUUUUUCUAUCA